GGUGCCGCGCCGCUUGAGGAGGGCGAUGGUCCUCCUGUGCUGUGGGAUGCAGAAUGGGUCGACUUGUAUCGCGCGCCAUAUGUUGCAGAAGAGCAAAAAGCACUAUUCAUGCGAGCAGUGUCGAAUGAUUUGCACUUUUUGCAGCAGACGCAAAUCAUGGACUAUUCCUUGCUCUUGGGCGUCACUGAGCCCAGUCCCGACUCUGGUUCCGCCGAUGAUGCGGGAGCAGCGGAGCGCGCACCUCGGCGACCUGUCCUGCAAGCUAGGAUUGUCGACAUUAUCGGCGCAUGGACCUUGGCGAAAAGCUUAGAGUCGAGCGGGAAACGUGCUCUGAAAGGAGGUGGCAACAAGGAUGCAGUCACCAUUCGACCUCCGCCAGAGUACGCCGCUCGCUUUGCUCGAGCCAUGGACUCGUACUUUCUGGGCGCACCUCAACGUACUCCGACACCAGCCCCGACGACGCGCAAGUCUGCCUCUGUCCAUUUGCCCAUGGUGCUCUAGCGCCCUCACUAUGUAACGAACCUAGACGCAGCGCCAGUCACGUUGAUACCCAAUCUCGAUUUCUUCGGGUGACCGCUUCAAAUCGUAUCAUCGUAUCGCAAAUGCACGCCGAGCUCAGCAGCGCCAGAUGCGGACGUACAUCAAGGCGAUCAGAGCUUCAUCAUGAGUACCUAAGCGUCUCUGAAGACGUUGCCCGCUUUUGUCCGCCUUUGCCCCGCGUGGCAGGGGACCCCUAUAGAAAAGUGAUGUCGCUUGAUAGUCUUCGCUCGUCCAUCUUAGAGAUCUACGGCGAAGCGGCUGCUAGGAAUCGGCGCGUGCCCAGCAAGUCACGAGUCUUAAAGCAAGGCGUCCGUUCGCGAUGCCAAUGGAAUUUGAAUUUCAGUCUCGUCGAGAGAGAGAGAGAGCGGUCAAUGCGGCGAGUGGUACAUUGGCAGCGUGGCUGUGAGCGUUCUCCGGACCAAGGGGCGAUGGGCUACAAGCUACAUUCUUGGGUUGAAUGAAAAGGUUUCUGCGAGGAGUGGAUGCGUAUGUUGAGGUGGUGCUCUUCUGCUGCUUUGCCAUCACGCGAAAG